AUGUUCACCCUGCCUAGAAUAGCUCUACCAGCAUUCCUCACUGGAGGAGGCGGGAAUCACCAAGCAAUCGACAUUCCCUCUGUCGAAGUCCACGACAUUGAGACCGCCGCCGAGAAGCGCUCGCGAACCUUGAAGCACUUAAUAAAGGCGAACCAUGCGAAUUACUCGAUCAUAUAUCACGAUCUGCGUUUCCAUAAUCACACGCCGCACAUCCUGGGAUCCGCGUACAUCCUUGGAGGCACGGCAGAGCACCUGAAUCUCAUUUAUGAGAAGGAAGCUGAGGGUCUAGAGCCAUGGCAUGAUGCACCGGCGGAGAUCACCAGCGAUGACUGGAGAGAUUUCCUCGGCAAGCGAGAGUACCAACGCGCGUUCGUGGACUUUUUCGAGGAUCAGCUUGUGUUCAGACAAUACAAUAUUGAGCUGGUGCUGGAAGAGUUUCUAUUGAGUGGGAAGAGACCGCUCAUCAAUGGCAUGAUCUCCGGACUCGCACAUCCUCUUAUCCACCUUGGCUACGCGUACGAACUCGGAUCGACGACCGUUGCAAUUGAGGCGCUAGCUCUCGGUGCAUGUUUCUACAGCCCUCUCCACAACUACCUCGACGACCCAUCGUACACAAAGCCGAGUCCCCAUCGCAGCGGGAACCUCCAUGAGAUCUUAGAGAAAGUACGCGUGGAUAACCGCUUUGACGGGUUAUAUCCGCAUCGCAGCGGAGAUAUCUCGAAGGUAUUGGAAAAGCAAGAAGAAGCGUUCCUAGAAUAUUGGAAUGCAUGGGAGUUGUCAGAUCCACAGGCGGCGUUUCGACAGUCGCAGGAACUCGCGGUCUCGAUAUUGAUGGGCACAGAGGCGUCUGACAACACGAAGUUCGAUUUCUUCUUCGUGCAUAUCCUUACCUCGUCACACGCAGUCCGCGUAUUGCUCCCAUUGAUCCCAGCAAAGUUCCACGUGAGCCUAGUACGACAGUGGUGGCUUUUCACGUUAGCUGUAUACAUUGCGCAAACAAGACCUGGGAUCGAUCCCACCCUCGUCGAGAAGUACGAGCUCGAAGGACGAGACUGGAAGUUUGUUGUACACAAGGCGCUCGACUCGUCUGAAUCAACAGACGCACACUACGUCAAAGCUUUACGUUGUAUGAAAGCAAUCAAAGAGACCUGGGGUGACGACUCGCAGUACUUCGAGAAGGCGGCAGUCAAGUUCGCAGACGAGUUUGAGCACUGGGGGGGUUUCAGUACUGAGGAGGAUGCUGCGAAUCUAGCGUACCCUGAGAGGCAGUAA